AUGCAGGCGCCUCGAAUGGUCAGGAUGGUUCGACAAGACCGCCGUCAGGUCAACCCAGCUGCUUUCUCUGGAGUGACGGAUCAGAUCUCUAAUCUUGGCCAGAGUGCCGGCGACAAAGCGUCGAAGGCCACGUCUGGUCUCACGCGCACGCAGACGUCCUUGGUCAUCGUCUUCUGCAUCAUCGGAUCCGUCGCCGUCGUCUCGGCACUCUUCUGGGUCUGCUCUUAUUCGCGACGAAAGAAGCGCUCGCGCGAGAUGAAGGAGAAGGCAGAGCUGCUCAAGUCCUCGUCGUCAUCCAGCUCCAUGCGCUUGCCUCAGACUACAGCCGCGGCUCCACCCAAGCGCGCGUCACGAUCCUUGAACACGUACAACGAUGGCUGGGGUGAGAGCAGAGUUGCCUUGAACUCGAGCUUCGUUGCAUCGACCAACGAGCGAUAUGGAUGGGACCAGAGCCAGACGCACCUGGCCACACCAUCACUCCCACGUGCACCUCAGCAAUCGCAUCACUACCGACCAUGA